AUGCCUAUUUGGGAAUCAGAUAAUAAAACCGUGAAGAUCUUAAAGGACGCAGAGAAGGGUGGCUAUGGAGUCAUCGCCGCCAUCGUCUACAACCUCGAGCACAUCCUCGGCUGCAUCCGCGCCGCCGAGCGCAACCGCUCCCCGCUCAUCCUCCAAGUCUUCCCGUGGACCAUCACCUUCUCCGCCGGCCUCCUCGUGCGCGCCGCCGCCGACGCCGCCUCGCGCGCCACCACCAAGGCGCUCGUGGCGUACUGCCACGCGCGGGGGAUCGCGACCGAGGCGGAGCGCGGGCGGAUUGAGGGGAGCGAAGACGGCAUCGCGGACGCGGCCGAUUUGGAGGGGCUGCUGACGACGCCGGAGAAGGCCGGGGAGUUUCUGGCGACGGGCGUGGACUUGCUCGCGCCGGCGUUUGGGAAUCUGGACUAUCCGCGGCUGGAGGCGAUUGCGCGGUUCGCGGCGGGGAGGGUGCGGAUUGUGUUGCAUGGGACGAAUGAUUUCGAUGAGGCGACGAUGCGGCGGUGCAUUGGGCUGGGCGUGAGCAAGAUCAAUGUGAAUAAGCUCGUCUUGGAUGGUUAUCUGGUGCAUUUGAAAGAGAAGGCGAGCACGUUGGGGCUGACUACGCUGGUGGAGGGCGUCGAGAAGGUGGUGAAGCUGAUGGAGUGGCAGUUUGAGGUGUGUUAUUCGGCGGGCAAGGCGUGA